UUAUUCAUGGAUGAAUAGGGAUCAGGGAUUAGAUCGACUAAAAUAUUACUUUUUGGAUACCAUCUGUCCGUAAGUCCAUAGAACAUGUAUGAUCCCAAAAAUAUAACAAAAUGAAAUGUGCAAUUGGAGAAUGGGUUUGCAAGGCCACCACUGCGGUGGCCACGGCCGUAGUGUUUUGGAAAAUUGGUUCGAAAAUGCGUCAGCCCAUAAGAGUUCAACCUUUGCCCCCUAAAGUGCCCACCAAGCCGCUGCGACUCAAAAAGAAACAAAAAGAAAAACAACAACAGCAGCAGCAGCAGCGGGAGCAACAGGAGCAGCAACAACAACCACAACAACUCUGCAGCCUCGCACAGCUCUGCCAGCUUUCCGCAAAGCUUAAUCAGAGUCCAACCGAGCGGGACGAGGGGGAAGAUCUGGCAGAGGAAAGCGCAGCGAUUCUGCCAGACCAAAUGCAGCCACCCACCACCCAACAGCCGCGCAAGCGUCGUACGGCCCCGCAGCCGCCACCAAAGCCGAUGAGAAAAGGCAAAUACGAUAUUGACGAUCGUUCUAGUGGAGCUUUCAUUGAAGAGCUUUUGGUCGAAACAAUCGAGACAGCAAUAGAAACAAAAGCUUUGAAAGCAACGCCAGAAUCAACGAAAGCUUUAGAAGCAUCAACACAAAACGCUAGCGAAGCUGCAGAUCCGGUCGACGCUUUGCUUGUGACCAAGGAUUCUCUACGCGCAGCUAAAUCGGAGGCAACAGUUCUGCCGAAACGGGAUCGUCCCUUGAGCGAGAUCAGUGUUACCUCGGUGGACACGCUCUCGCCGAGCACGGCCAAGGCAGUGCUUGAGCUCCAGCGACGCUGUCGAGCGGACAAAUUGGCAUGCCUGAGCUUUUCGCCCACAUCGUACCACUAUAUAGCCAAUGAUCGGAGGGAGUUGGAGGACGCGGAGGAGCGGAAUCCAGCGGGAUCCGAAGAGCUGGUAGUGUCAGAGGGUUCCCCCGACGAACUAAUGGCCCUGCAGCUGGGCAAGAAGCUGGCCCAGGUGCUGGGCAGCACCGGCACACCGCCACCGCCGCCAACAGGUGGCAUUUCGGAGGGCGGUACGCCAGGAAUCACCCGAGUGGACUCCCCCUUGGGCAAUGGGGAACUCUUCAAUGUGUCCAAGUCGAAGAGGGUGGAGCUCCAGAAUCUAUCAUCGCGCUUCACAGCCGCCGCUUACCCAACGCCGCCGCCUCCUGCAGGAGGCACACAGGAUUCAGGAGCAUCAGCAUCAGCAACAGCAUCAGUGGCAUCAGCAGCUCAAACAGCGGGCUCCUCCACCGCUCCACAGGCGUCUGCCCCAGCAACAACACCAUCGUCGCCGUCAUCCGCGCUGGAAACGCAAUCAACUGUUAUAAUUUCGUUUAAAUCAUCUCAAACACCUGUGCAGUCUCAAACGACGACUGCGAUUCAGACCCCAACACCGACAGCGACUGCUACACCGAUUCCGUCUGACAAUGUGGAGGAUGACAUGGCAGCCCUGCCCUUGCCGCCGCUGCCGCUGCCGCCGCCCCCUGGAUUUGGUACGCCCACAACGCCGCUGCUCACGAGCAAUGUGCUUAAGAAGGUCGCCAGCUUCACGGUCGAGAAGUCCGCGGCGGGCAAUAGCUCCUCGAAUACGCUGCCACUGAUGGAGGCGGAGACAACGCUCUUGGCCACGCCGACAUCGUCGCUGUUGGCAACCCUGCCAGAGCUGGCAGGUGCCGCCGUCACAGGGGCAGGUGGAGGCACUGGUUCGCGUCGCGGCUCAUCUUAUGUACCGGAAAAGUUAAGCUUCGCUGCAUAUGAAAAGUUCGAAGGUCAAAUGCUGAUGAAAUGGCUGAUAUCCACGCUGCAGGGCAACCCCAAGACGACGGCUUCCUUGGAGCUGCAGGAACAAUUCAAUGCGAUGGCCCUGCAAUUCUGCAAUAAUCUCAAAUACGUCGGCGUCCUCAAGCAGAUCUCCAAUGACGGCCAGCUGGACGGCCACUCCACGGCGGGCUUCAGUCCGUACGAGAUGUACCAGUGGACACACACGGAGCAACCGACGACAUCGCUGCCGCUCACACCCGGCAAACUAGACAAGGUGGCCUCCUGGCCAUUCUCAAGCACACCGGCGGGCAUCAGGACCUUGGAGGCGUCAUCGUUGGCAACAGCGACAGCCGCAGUGGCUGGAGGAGCUGCAGCUGCAGCUGGAGCUGGAGGAGCGGCAGGGGCAGCGGCUGCGACAACACCCACUGUCACCGACAACCAGAAGACACUGCAGCAGAUCCUCAAGAAGCGACUCCUCAACUGCUCCACGCUGGCCGAGGUGCAUGCGGUGGUCAACGAGCUGCUCAGCAGCGUGGAUGAGCCGCCCCGCCGUCCCUCCAGGAGGUGUACCAAUCUCACGGAGCUGCUCAACGCCAGCGAGUCGACCAUUUACGAGUACAACAAGCCGCAGGAGGGCAGGAGCUAUGCCGAUGGCGAGACGCAGACGGAGGGCGACUGCCAAGGCUCCUGUCGCUGUGGUGGAGCAUCCUUGAAGGGCGGCGAAGAGGCCGGAGAGCAAAGUGCCGAAUCGGCUGGGACGCCUGCCCCACCGCCAGCACCAGCGCUUGUUAUUCCGCCGCCCCCUCCUCCACCUCCUCCGCCGCCUCCUUUUGCUGGUGCUCCGCCUCCGCCGGCUGCCCCACCACCGCCGCCGCCGCCACCCAUGCCUGGAAGUGGUGCACCUCCACCCCCGCCGCCGCCCAUGCCUGGCAGUGGUGCACCGCCGCCCCCGCCUCCGCCAGGAUUUGGAGGACCUCCCCCGCCACCGGGAAGUGGUGGAGGCCCGCCUCCACCGCCCCCGUCUAUGAUCUCACCCGCACCGCUGCCCGAUCCCUCCGAGGGAAAUUGGUUUCAUCGCACAAACACGCUCCGGAAAAGUGCAGUUAACCCGCCAAAGCCCAUGCGUCCCCUGUAUUGGACGCGGAUUGUGACAAUAUCACUGCCGCCAGUGCCGCGUCCCUCCUCGGUGGCCAACUCCACGGACAGUGCGGACAAUGUGGACAAUGUGGAGAACAGCGGCAGCUCCCCGGAUGAACUGCCCUCGACGAGCGCCAGCAGUGGGGCAUCAACGCCACGUAGCGGCGACAAUGCAGCAGCAGCCCCAGUUGUGCCUCAGCACCCGCCGCCCAUAAAGGAGAUUUGGACAGAGAUUGAGGAGACGCCGCUGGACAACAUUGAGGAGUUCACCGAGCUCUUCUCGCGACAGGCCGUUGUGCCGGUGAACAAGCCCAAGGAGGUGAAGAUGAAGCGAGCCAAGUCCAUCAAGGUGCUGGAGCCGGAGCGCUCCAGGAAGGUGGGGAUCAUCUCACGCAGCCUGCACGUGCCCUCCAGCGAGAUCGAGCAUGCCAUCUACAACCUGGACACAUCGGUGGUGAGCCUCGAGGCGUUGCAGCACCUGAGCCACAUUAAGGCCAGCGACGAGGAGCUGUUCAAGAUCAAGGAUGCGGCUGGCGGGGAAAUACCUCUGGAUACACCCGAGCAGUUCCUGCUGGACAUAUCUCUCAUCUCGAUGGCCAGCGAGCGGAUCUCGUGCAUUAUCUUCCAGGCCGAGUUCGAGGAGUCGCUGACGCAGCAGAUGCGCAAGCUGGAGACCAUCCAGCAGCUGUCGCAGCAGCUGAUCGACAGCGAGGACCUCAAGCUGGUAUUCUCCAUUAUCCUGACGCUGGGCAACUACAUGAACGGGGGCAAUCGGCAGCGCGGCCAGGCGGACGGCUUCAAUCUGGAUAUACUCGGGAAACUGAAGGACGUCAAGUCCAAGGAGCGACAUACCACACUCCUGCACUUCAUAGUGCGCACCUACAUUGCCCAGCGGCGGAAGGAGGGUGUCCAUCCCCUGGAAAUUCGUCUACCCAUACCCGAGCCAGCGGAUGUGGAGCGUGCGGCACAGAUCAAGUUUGAAGAUGUGGAGAUGCAUAUCAACGAGCUGAAAAAGAAGUUUUUGGUUUUCAAGAGGACCAAGGCCAAGGUACUGGCUGCCUCCAGUGAAGACAUUGUGGAGCCCUUCAAGUCCAAAAUGGAGGAAUUCACGGAGAGUGCCGACAUGUCGAUGGCCAAGUUGGAUCGCAUGCUGAACGAUGGCCGGGAACUGUUUUUGGAGACAAUGCGCUUCUAUCAUUACUCGCCGGAGACUCAAACCUUGGAAGAUUGCACGCCCGACCAGUUCUUCGAGUGCUGGACACUUUUCACAAACGACUUUAAGGACAUUUGGCGCAAGGAAAUCGAGAAUCUUAUAAAUGAAUUGAAAAAGAAAUCCAAGCAGGUGCAGGUCGAGUCGCGUCGCAAUGUCUCCACGAAGGUGGAAAAGUCCGGUCGGCUAUCGCUCAAGGAGCGAAUGGUGAUGCGACGCAGCAAAAACUAGUUUUAGCUACGCUUCAGAUACUAUUGCUAAGCAAAGUUCUCGUUUAAUGGCAACAUUCUUCACUAAUUGUAAAGUUAUAUUUUAAUAUUAAACUAAACUAAAGAUAAAUUAUACAAAAGCA